AUGGCACUAAGGAGAAGGGUAGGGGGUUGUCUUCUCGAGGGAUGUAUCUUUUCUCCAGCUGUUGGGUCUGCAGGGGGUUUGCUGGUAAUGUGGAAUGAUAAUGAAUUUAAAGUGUCCAGUAGUUACCUAAGUAGCAGGAUCAUUGCAAUAUUUGGGAAGUUUAAGAAUGUUGUUGAGGAGUGUGUGAUUAUUAAUAUUUAUGGUCCCUCCACUGAAUCUGAAAAGGAUGAAUUUUUACAGGGAAUUACUGGACAAACCAAUCUAAUUGAUCUUCCGUUGGUGGGGGGAACUUUUACUUGGUGUAACAACAGGGAAGAAUCAACCUGGGUUAGGCUUGACAGGUUCUUAAUUUCUGGUAAUUUUUUGACCUGCUGUCCGAACGUAGUUCAAAGGCUACUGCCUAGGUCCAUAUCAGAUCAUAAUCCGGUGUCAUUGGAGGAUUCGUAUGUAGACUGGGGUCCUAAACCAUUCAGAUUUUACAAUUAUUUACUAGAGGAAGAAGGCUUCGAGGAUUUGGUUAAAUCUUCAAUGGUUGACUUGAUGGAAAGGAAUAAUAGAAGGGGUAUCCUCAGUAUUUUACAGGGAACUAAAAAGUCAAUCAGAAACUGGUCAAGCAGGAAAUUUAAUGGGAUUUCAGACUCUAUCGAAACUUUAGAAGGGCGAAUUAAUGAGGUAGAAUUGAAGGCACAAGGUAGCAAUCUUUCUCCGCAAGAGUGGGAACAGGUGAAGCAGUCUAGAUCGAAUCUCUGGAGGUUGUACAGGAUUGAAGAAAGCGUUUGGUUUCAAAGAGCAAGAACGAGAUGGAUCAAAGGAGGGGACAGAAAUACUAGAUUUUUCCACUUGUGUGCACUAAACAGAAACAGGAGAAAUGCAAUUACUAGUCUGAAGAUUAAUGGGACUGUAGUUUCAGACCCGUCUCUGAUCAAGACUCACAUUUCUGAUUUUUUUUAA